AUGACUGACUACUCUCAAUCUUCUACGUGGACUUCAUUCUUGAAGUCCAUGUCCUCGUUCUCCGGUGAUCUUUCCUCGCUUUCAGCUCCACCUUUCAUUCUCUCGCCAAUGUCAUUGAGUGAGUUCCCACAGUACUGGGGGUGCCACCAGGGACUAUUCCUGAACAUAGCCCGGAUCAACAAGGAAAACUAUCACAAACUGUACCCGCACGCAAAGACCGUCGACGAGGCAAGAAUGCUUGCCGUGAUCAAAUGGUUUUUUGCAACAUUGCAUGGUCAAUACUCCUCCCGGUCCGAGAAGGGUGGGUUUGAAAAGAAACCGCUGAACCCAUUCUUGGGGGAGCUUUUCGUUGGUAAAUGGGAGAACGAAAAGCUAGGCGACACCACCAUGUUGACAGAGCAGGUGUCGCACCACCCACCCAUAAAUGCAUACUGUCUUAACAAUGAGAAGCAAGACAUCACACUGCAGGGCUACUCUCAGAUCAAGUCCUCCUUCUCAAAGACAUUGAGACUGAACGUCAAACAGUUUGGGCAUUCUAUCAUUGAAACUAGUGGCGGGUCAUUUCUGGUGACCGUCCCAGCUUUGCAUUUGGAGGGGCUCCUUGUAGCUUCGCCACAUGUCGAGUUGGAAGAUAAAUCCUACAUCCAGUCGUCCUCCGGGUUGAUCUGUGUACUGGAAUACUCAGGGAAGGGUUACUUUUCAGGUCAAAAGAAUACAGUCAAGGCGAAAGUUUAUUCUAGCAUGAAAUCUUUGAAAGAGAAUGCAACCCCUUUGUACGUUAUCUCUGGUCAGUGGAGCGGAGUGACUACCAUCGUGGCAGGCAAUGCCACAGGCACUAAUGCGAGUAAGCCAACAAUUUUCUCAGAUGUUUCCAAGAUAAAAGUUGACCCACUCGUUGUGAAGCCAGUGGAGGAUCAACACCCGCUGGAGAGUAGGAAGGCGUGGUACGAUGUCGCCAAGGCAAUUGAGUUGGGUGACAUGAAACUGAUUUCCCAGACCAAAUCCAAGUUGGAGAACGCUCAAAGACAACUUAGGAAAGAAGAAAAGGAAAACAAGACGCACUGGAAAACACGAUGGUUUGAAAAGGUAGACUACAAUGGAGCGGCCAAAAAGAAUGAUCCCGAAGAUGGGAACCCAAUUGACGGUACGUAUUUGAGCCUGGUUGGCAUGGCUGGGUUGUCUAUUAAGAACGUUGCUAGCGGUACGAAAACAGGUGAGAAGGAAGAUAGAUUGAACAAAACUGCUGAUCACUGGAGGUUCAGAAAAGACCUGUGGGAGAAAGAUGAUGAAGUUAUUGUAUAA